CUUACUAGCUGCGGUAAAAUGUAGUUACCAUUACUCGUGGGAAAAAUAACGUGAAAUUCAGCGAACUAUUUUUAUAGACACAAAAUCAUCUAAAAAUAACGGUCAAAUUUUGUAUUGCGCGAUGCCCGUUUUCAACGUUCUGGCAGCACUUCCAUUAGAUCCACAUUUUAUUAUUUGUACAAAAUGUCUAAUUUCGCCGAUUGCUAGAUUUUGAGCAGCUGGUUUCGAAUGAGAUAGAUUGUGCCACCAACAAAACACAGAAAAGGAACGGGUGAGACUUUGAUGAUAAUGUUAUUAUGUAUACGCUGAGGGUCGAAGGCAAGGCAUCCGAAUUGCGGCAUAGUUUAGAUGGUUAUCAACAAUCUGCUGGAACUGUGGAAGUACCAGUGGGGUUUUGUAGUCCACUUUAAUUGCUAAUUGACAAAGAAGAAGGGAACAACACGCAGCCGAGAAACGAGAAAAUGACCAUGCAAAACAAUGCCCCGCCCUGUUUGUUGCUGGCAGACGUCCAGAAUUACAAUCCGGAUACGUUGGAUCUGUACCAGGAUCUAGAGGCACAACAGUACUGGUUCGAAUGUUUUACCCAGAUGCUACUGAAGUUCGAAAGGCAGGCAUGCAAUAGUCAACCGACCGACGAGAGCGCUAAGCCUCGAGCAGCGAGGUUCCGUCAGUACUGUCUGGAAGAAUUCAACAAACUAAAGGAUGGCAAAGGAGAGUCAGCCUCAUUGGGCAUAAGAAACCUACUGAAUAUUAUCGAAAGUGCUCUAAAAAUGCACGGAUUCGAUGAUCCAUGGAAAGAGCAGAAAGCAAUAGAAAACAACGCAUCGGUUAGUCUGCUGAAACAGCGGCUUCAUCAGCUGGAUGCGCUGGCUUGCGAUCGAGAAAAGUGGACGGAAGUUGUACGCGGAGUAUUAGCUGGAAAUAUGUUCGAUUGGGGUGCUCAAGCUGUUACAAAGAUUUUGGAAACAAACAACAGCUUUGGCCUCCAACAGGCGCUCGAUAGGAUACAGAAAAGACCGUGGCUCAUUGACGAUUUGGACCGAUGGUUAAAAAGGAUGGAGGACACGCCCCACAGAUGUGCCACCAUUUUUACCGAUAAUGCAGGCAUCGAUUUUGUCCUCGGUAUUGUGCCCCUGGUACGUGAGCUGCUGAAACGAAACACUAAAGUACUGCUGUGUGCAACGAUUAACCCAGCCAUCAAUGAUAUCACCUACUCGGAGCUGGUCAAUGUGAUUGUAGUUUGCUGCGGGGAGUGCGAGAUCUUGCGCAAAGCCUAUUACGACGAGCACCGUUUGGAGUUGCUUGGAAACGAUCAGAUCGGGCCGUGUUUGGAUUUUCGAAUGCUUUCGAGUGAACUUUGCGCUGCAAUUGAGAAAAACGGUGUGGACCUCUUAAUAAUAGUCGGCAUGGCGCGCGCUCUACACACCAACCUGAACGCCAAGUUCUUGUGCGAGGCGUUUAAGCUAGCGGUUGUCAAAAACGAGUGGCUUGCCAAACGGCUAGGCGGCGAAACGUUUUCCGUAGUGUGUAAAUACGAAAGCUAAUUAAACAUUACGCAUAUGUGAUGAAUUAAUAGAUGUAUAUUAAACAAACAACAAACACAAAUUUAAACUCGAACUACAAUAAAGAUCGAA